AUGGCUCACGUGGACCAAGCAGCCCGCCGGUUGUCCAAAACUGGAUCAACCCUCUAUGCAGUGCUGGAGCUUAAGAAGGGCGCUUCACCUGAAGACAUCAAAAAGGCCUACAGGAGACUGGCAUUGAAGUAUCAUCCAGACAAGAAUCCAGGGGACCCUCAAGCAGCAGAAAUAUUCAAGGAGAUCAACACAGCCCACUCCGUACUGAGUGACCCUAAGAAGCGGCAAAUUUACGACCGGCGUGGCUCAUUGGGAAUAUAUAUAUACGACCACUUUGGCGAAGAAGGCGUCACAUACUAUUUUACACUGAAUAGUUGUUGGUUCAAGACGCUUGUCCUCCUGUGUGCUCUGCUUACCUGUUGCUGUUGCUGCUGCUGCUGCUGCUUUUGCUGUGGAGCACUUAAGCCACCACCCGAGGAAGCAGCUAAGAAAAAAUAUGAGCCGAAUGUCCAGAAUCAGCCUCCAAGGCCAGGACGCAGAGAACAUUUUAGAGGAGGGGAAGAUAAUUCCAGUGACGAUAAUUAUUAAAAGAUGAAGAAGAGUGAGGUGCUGACCCAGUGAGGGUGCCUUCCGCUGCCCAGUCUGCUGGACUCGGUGAAGAGAAGAGCAAGUAGCCCUGUCCUGACCUCGACCCUGAUUUUCCCCUCUACUUGUAAGACUCCCAUCUUCAGAAGCAUCGAUGGCAUCCAUCCCAGUGAGGAUGCCAUCUUUGUCCUUGAUGGUAUAACUGACCCUGGCCAUACAGGGUCACCCAGCUAUUCUUCUUUUCAGCUGCAGUCCCAAUUUUAAUCUGUUAGAGAGCAGCCCUCAUAUCCCUACCCUUGUGAGGUCUUAGGCAGUGAUGACAGUCUUUUCCUGAGCAUUCUUUUUCCUGUGCUUUCCUUGGGAUUUGAGCCAAUGUCAGCUGGUAGGGUCAGCCACUUGCGAUAUCUCCAUCAGGAUGCUGAUAACCAAGCUGGAUGGAUCCUGUCCUGGAGCUGCUAUACCAGCUAACCCUUCUUUGCUGCAGUUCUGUGUACCAGCAACUCUUAGUGUCAGCCACAUUCCUAAGCGAGUACACCUUUCUGGGGGCUGGUCUCAUCUUCUUCUGGUGCCCAUGCCUUUGGCAUUGCCAGCUGCAUUCCAUACCACCAUGAGACAACUCAGGAAAAGAAUCAAUGCAUUUGAGGCUUAGGGGUAGUUAUCCCACCUUUGGAUUCUCCCUGGACUGCAGCUGCUAGCAUAGCACCCAUUAGCAGGGCGCCUGUGGGUUGACUGAAGUUCACACCUCAGUGCCUGCUUGCCUCCGUCCUUUUGACCACAUCUUAUGCAAGCUGAUCACUAUAUGUUUUGUUCUUAAAACUGGGGCAUGAAACGUGUGAUAGGGUAAAGACUGCACUCUUACAGACCCUUUCCCCAUGUGUGCCUCAUCGCACUGUCUGUUUGGUAUCCUCAUCACACCAUUUCCCGUCUACGCAGGGUCAGAGUCUAGUAACUCCUCAAACUUCUCUCUCCUGACUGGGAGAGGG